AUGAAAGACACCAAAACAGAAAACCAAUUCCUAAAGUUCAUUAAGGUAAUAGAGAAACUCCACGUAGAAAUCCCUUUUACCGAAGCAAUAACCCAGAUACCAUCAUAUGCUAAUUUCUUGAAGGAUAUUUUGUCCAACAAACGACGACUCGACGAUCCCAAACCUUUAGAAUGUCAUUCCAUAUCCGAGAAUAAACUUGCCAAGAAAGAUAAAGAUCCUGGAAGUUUUUCUAUCCCUUGCGUCCUGGGAAACCAUAUGAUAGACAAAGCAUUUCUGGACCUAGGAGCGAGCGUAAGUCUGAUGCCCUUGGCUGUUUGUAAGAGGUUAAAACUAGGAGAGCUUCAACCUACUAAGAUGUCGUUACAACUAGCUGAUAGAUCCGCUAAAUACCCCAUGGGUAUUCUGGAAGACAUAUCUGUCAAGAUUGGUCAGUUAUACAUUCCGACUGAUUUCGUAGUUAUGGAUAUCAAAGAAGAUGAUGACAUCCCAAUUCUUCUAGGUAGACCAUUCUUAUCGACCGCUGGAGCUAUAAUAGAUGUUAAUAAAGGGAAGCUGACUUUUGAGGUAAGAGAUGAAAAGAUUGAGUUCAUUCUAUCAAAAUUCCUAAUGGCACCGGUGAUCGAAGAUGCGUGUUAUGCCAUCGACAUCAUCGAUGAGUGUGUAAAUGAGCUCAAUGAUUCCUCAAUCAGAUUACUUUCUACCCCCAUUUUAGAGGAUGACGAAUUCAAGAGUAUGGAACCUUACAUUGACGACAACCUUUUUGAAUGCUUAGCACUUACCCCUGACCCUAUGUUGUGCACCAAGAAACCUACCAUAGAACUUAAGGAACUACCCAAGAAUCUAAGAUAUGAGUUUUUGGAUUAG